AUGAAUAUUCAUACCUCUCAUGAAUAUUCACGAGGGCCGCGCUCCCGCACGGCGCACGUCACGCCGGGGAGGCCUCCUGGGCCGGAAGCGGUCUCAGCGCCGGGCUGGGGAGCGCCGCGCGCCGCCCGCGCAGUCACAGCUACUUCCGCCCUCCCCGCAACCCGGGCUCUCCGCUCGCCGGCGCCCGCGCUUCCGGUAGGCGCGCGCCCACCUCUGCCCCCGCUUCCGGCUCAGCCGCCCGCCCACAGCGUUCCCGCCGCCGGGAAGCCGGCCCGGGCCGGCGGCCGCUACCGCUCCGCCUCUUUUUCAAGAGAAGCCGUCGAUGACGCCGUUCCGCUCCGCUCGGCGCCCCGGAAGAGCUGAGUCGCGCUCCGCCUCUUGAUCCGGAAGCGCCUCGCCGCUCCUCUUUCCGAGACGGCCCUGGAAGGAGGAGCAAUGCAAGAGGAAGGAGAGUGAGAGGGAAACGCAGCCUCUACUUCACCGUUUACUUGCACGUGCUUUUUAUCUGUGUGUUUAUGGUUAAAGUGAUGACCUGCAAAGAAGUAUAAGCCCAGCCCAUUAAGUAUGUGAUUCUGUGAAGUUCUCUGAGAUCUAAACUUCAGAUUCCUUGUCCCUUGAGGGUACACUGACAUCUAUCUGAUACUAGACUGGUGAAUAGGAAGAAGGUCCCAUCUCUGGCCCGUUUGUGGAAGCUGGGAUGAUGAAGGCACUGCAGUGGGAACGUGCUGUGGUACAGGGUUGAAGCUCCAGCCCAUGUGGGAUAGUUAUAGAGCAAUUGGAAGGGUUGCGUGCAGAGUUCUGGUAAACUAGGAUGGAAGAAUCUCAUUUCAACUCCUCCCCGUACUUCUGGCCAGCAGUGCCCACUGUCUCGGGACAGAUUGACAACACCAUGUUUAUUAACAAGAUGAAGGAGCAGCUAUUGCCCACAGAGAAGGGCUGCAGCCUUGCUCCCCCCCACUACCCUGCCUUGCUGACAGUGCCCACCUCAGUGGCCCUACCCACUGGCAUUGCCAUGGACUCUGACACCAAGCCGGAGCAGCUGACACCACACAGCCAAGCCCCUGUGACUCAGAACAUCACCGUGGUGCCAGUGCAGUCUGCUGGGCUCAUGACAGCAGGUCCUGGUCUCGUGAUAACUUCUCCAUCAGGCUCCCUGGUGACCACAGCCUCCUCUGCACAAACCUUUCCCAUCUCAGCUCCCAUGAUUGUCUCCGCACUACCCCCUGGCUCCCAGGCAGCCCUCCAGGUGGUGCCUGAUCUGACCAAGAAGGGGACAACCACCCUCUCCGAAGGUGGGGGGGGAGGCGGGGGUGGGGGAGUUGCCCCCAAGCCGCCCCGGGGCCGGAAGAAGAAACGAUUGCAGGAGUCGGGGCUGCCAGAGAUGAGUGACCCCUUUGUGCUAUCGAACGAGGAUGAUGAGGACCAGCACAAGGAUGGCAAGACAUACAGGUGCCGGAUGUGUUCGCUGACCUUCUACUCCAAGUCGGAGAUGCAGAUCCACUCCAAGUCCCAUACGGAGACAAAGCCACACAAGUGUCCUCACUGCUCCAAGAGCUUCGCCAACAGCUCCUACCUGGCCCAGCACAUUCGCAUCCACUCAGGGGCCAAGCCCUACACGUGCAGCUACUGCCAGAAGGCCUUCCGCCAGCUCUCCCACCUGCAGCAGCACACACGGAUCCACUCCAAGCUCCACACGGCGAUUGUCAAGCCGCACAAGUGUCCUCACUGCUCCAAGAGCUUCGCCAACACAUCCUACCUGGCCCAGCACCUCCGCAUCCACUCGGGGGCCAAGCCCUACACCUGCCGCUACUGCCAGAAGGCCUUCCGCCAGCUCUCCCACCUGCAGCAGCACACACGUAUCCACACCGGGGACCGACCCUACAAAUGCGCUCACCCUGGUUGUGAAAAGGCUUUCACGCAGCUUUCCAACCUGCAGUCCCACAGACGGCAGCACAACAAAGACAAACCUUUCAAGUGCCACAACUGCCACCGUGCAUACACAGAUGCUGCCUCGCUGGAGGUACACCUGGCUACGCACACGGUGAAACAUGCCAAGGUCUAUACCUGCUCCAUCUGCAGCCGGGCCUACACCUCGGAGACGUACCUGAUGAAGCACAUGCGGAAACACAACAUCCCUGAUCCACAGCAGCAGGUGGUUCAGGCCCAAGCCCAGGCCUCUCAGCAGCAGCAGCACUUCCAGCCGCAGGGAGGUGGGGCAGCAGGGGGCCCUUCUGGAGACACUAACCAACCCAACCCUCCCCCCCAGUGCUCCUUUGACCUGACUCCUUACAAGACUUCAGAGCAUCACAAGGACAUCUGCCUCACUGUCAGCACCAGCGCCAUCCAAGUGGAGCACCUCUCCAGCUCCUAGAGAGACCUCAAGCCAGGGAGCAGAAAGCCUCUUGUGCAUAGCCUGCGCCCAGGGGCACCGCUUGUGCAGUGGCCCUCCUCGUGCAACAGUCUCUGGCCUCUCCUCCUGCAACAGCCUCUUCUGGCCGUGUAACCCUGUUCAUGGCAGCCCCUUGAAUAACAGCCUUUAUCAAGGGGGUGCUCCUUCUGUGCAACAGCCUGCCUGGUAGGAGGAUGCUUCCUUGUGCAAGAGCCCCCUUCCUGUGCUGGGAUCACUUCCUCAUGCAAGAGCCCCUCCUUUUAAACCCAAAGAAAGGCCUCCGUUUUGCCUUCUCUCACUGUAGGAUGCAUAUGAAGGGGGUGGGGAGGUGUUGAGACAUGCGUGGUGGAUGGAAUGGAGUCCUAGUACAUACAGGGGCUUGGACAUGCUUUCAGUGAGCCACGGAAGAAUGUGGCAGGGUUCACAGCUGGAAGGUUUUUUUUGAGGAUUUCCUUGAGUGUCUAAGAGGGAAAUAUCCAUUCCUGUCCCUCCUGCUUGUGAAAGGGAGGAGGGGUCGAUCGUCCUGCCCCCGGGACUGGAUGGGAGAAACCUUCUCCCCAGUGGAAAGUGAGACCAGUGUGGGGGAGAGGUGAGGCAUGUUCUCUGGGCUGGACAGGUGCCUGCACUGCCUGGGGGCUAUGGAGUAUUGCACUCUUUCUUCUCCCCUAGUGGAGAGCAAUAGAGAGGAGUCUGUCGGAACUGGCUGCUGCCUCUCCCAGCUGUCUGAGCAGCGUGAUGGCCAAGGCCCCAUAGGAAUGUGGGUUCCUGCUCGUUGCUCUUCCUGCCCAUUGUGGAUGAUGUCCUAGCAGCUUGUACUUCUCCUCUUCUCCCUCCUGCUUCCCCCACCUCCUCAGAAAAGCCUGCAGGCAUCAACAACAAACCAAAAAGCAAUGGAGGGGAGGGUGAGAGACUGCCAAAAUAAUCAUCGCCCUUCUCUCUACUCCCUUUCCCGAAAGGUGGAACAACAGCAGUUCUGACUCGCGCCCCUGUCCUGCCCCGUUUCCUAAAGGGAAGGAGGAGGAGGAAUAGACCAGUCUUUUCAAGGAGCCGGCGGGUGGUAGGGAAAGGCUAGCUUCUCUGCUCAGCACCCACCAGAGUGCUCUCUCAGGCUCCUCUUGCCAAGACGGGCUGGACUCACAUGGCAGUGGUGGCCUCUUCUGGACCCUGAUCAUGGGAGAGAAUCCCCAAAAGGUGGACAGUGGAGAGAAAGGGAUGAAGAUCCCCGCAGAGAGACCAAUCUAAAGAGAACGGGGAGCCAACAAGAAUAAACUGAAGGCCCCGUGAAUUUAUAUAUAUAUACAUAUAUAUAUAUAUAAAUAUCUAUUCCCCACCCCUGGCCCGCUCUGUCCUUGCUGUAACUGUUUCUAUCUCUGUGUUUAUAAAACGCAUUAUCCUGGCGAAUUUUUAUUUUCAAUCUUCGUUUGUUUUUCCCUCUCUCUUCGUCUUCGCUUCUCCUUCCCUUUUGGUUUGUUUUUUUUUUUAAUUUUUAUUUUUAAUUUUUGGUCCACAUGACUACUGGUCUUGUGUAUCACUUCUUAGUUUCUUUGGAUCAUGGAGGCUGACUCGGAAGAGAAUGAGAAGGCAAGGGAAAAAAAGCAUGCGUUAUUGGGAUUUAAAAUACCCACUCAGAGCCUAUAGUUGCAGAUUUCUGUAUGAACAACCAGAAGGAGCUUUUUUUUUUUUUAAUCACCUUGUGUAGAAAUAAACUGUGUAAAAGGCUCCUCAGAGGUGCUGCUGCAAGCAGCCUGCCCCUGUGCCGUGUGUUCCUUCCCCACGCACCAGAUGCAGCACGAGCAUCUUGCUGCUGCAAGCACUGAGCACCGUGAGUAAUGCAUCCCUGUCUUCAGGCAGCCUUGUGGUUUGCGCAGUGAAAGUUGGAGCUCUGCACCUGUGCUUAGUCAGCAGGCUUGGCUGCAAGUGGCUGAAGUUCUUUGUAGGUUCACAGAUCAGGCUAGAAGAAGCUGACUGACUCCUACGUUUUACAGGUGACGUUUCAACCUAUUUAUCCUGUACUGAGCCUUGGUAACUAAAGUGUAUUUCAAGUGCACGUUCACAAAAUGUAUUGGCUUGAUUUUGAGGCACAGGGACACAGCAAAUCCCUUCCAGUGGUAACCUGGUGCAAGGGCUUUGUGUUCUUGCUCUUUAAAUAUCUACAUCUGGUUUCUCUUUUGGAUUUGGUUGGCUUUGGCUUCCAGUUCAGAUCCAUCCCGCUGAUUUAGAGAACCUUAGAGCACUGUGGAGCUUUCUCCUCUGACCUGGUAUUUAAACACUAACAUCUCUCAAUCUACUUUUUAAUGAGCUAAAUAGAGGGAACUCCUUCAGUCUUCCACUAUAAGGGAUUUCCUCCUGCCUGUGAAUUAUUCUUAUCUUUUAUUUCCACAUCUUGUCAAAUUUUUCUGUAUCUUGUGAAAGCAUUCAUUUCAAAAUUAAGUGUUCAAGCUCUGGUGCCAUGGACAAGGUUGCCCUUCCCUUUGCCUUAAGCCUGCAGAGGAUUGCAUUUUCUCUUUUCUCCAACAUUAUACAGGAGUUCACAUUAGCUGCUUAUCUGGUGCAACUCCUACAUCAUCAGAAAUCUCAGCUUCCCAUGGUAGUCUUUCCCCCUUUCUAUAGAGAUGCUCCCAAGUUCUUAUUUCCUGGUUGUUUAAUGUGAGAAUGUCUCAAAGUCCACUUUGUUUGACCUGGCUUAUAGUGGUCCAGGUCACAAGCCACUUUGCCAGUUUUGACACCCACAAACUGUAUCAGUUGUUGCUUUUUACUUUCAGAUCCAUCUGACCUACACUAACUUGAAAAGCAUCAUUCAGUGCAACUUUUUAUUAGCUUCUUUUUGAGACUUGCAGGCUAGAAGGCAUUUCUUAAUCCUCUUAGUAUGUGAUUAUGUACAGUCAAUCUUUUUGACUUCUGGUGCUAGGUCAAUGCCUUACGAAAAUUUAAGUAUGUUGCACCUAUGCAGUCCCCUUUGUUGAACCAAAUGUAUAGUGAUGUCAUCUAAGAAUGAAACCAGGGUUUCAUUUUUUUUUUCCUCUACAAAAUCUGUAUUUCAUAAACCUUUGGAUUGUAGGUUUUAUUCUUCACUCGUUCAUUCAUUCUUCAUCUCAACAACUUUUCCAUUAUUUUGCCUGAGACUAAUUUUGACACGGAGCCCUUUCAUUUGCCUUUUGGGAAUACUGUCACGAAUGUCUUACGGUAUUUCCCUAAUAUCCCACGUUUAAUUACAAUUGGAAUUGUCGGGCUAGAGAGCUUGUUAGUCAAUUCUUCUAGGACUGUUUCUUUACCGACUUAAAAAUAUAUGUCCCCAGUAGAUGUUGUCUGAUUUCCUGCUUUGAUACUACGGUACUGAAGAGAAGUUGCUAUUUUCAUACUACUGCCACGUUCUGUUUCUUUCUGACUACGGGAUUAGAAGUAUUUGUUGACUGAUUUUCCUUAUUCUCUGUCACUAGCGGUUUAAUCACUUUUAUUUAGCAUGCAUCAGUACUAUUAGUAAUAUUUCUUUGUUUGCUUUUUAUUUAAAAACAAAAAACAAAACCAACAAAAACACAACAAAAACAAAUGAAAGAUCCAAAAUCCCUUUCCUAUUAUCAGUAGUUUUGCUUUCCACAAAUCCUUCCUUACUAGUUUUUUUUUCUAUUUAAUAAUAUCUAUUUUAUCUCAUUUGUUGUCUGGCCUUCCCCUUUUCCAUGUGUUGUAUUUUGGCCUUUUAUCUUUUUUUUCCCUUGUUUAAAUUGUUUUUUCUUGCUCUCAGACUUUCUCAUUGAACCCAGAACAAGCUUUUACCCAGAGCUUUGUGGAACUGGGACGUUUUUGGCCAUAUAAUAGUUUUUUAUUAAAGAAUAGUUUUCAUUCACAUUUUCCUGCCUUACCUUUUUUUCUUACAGACAACUCAGUUCACAAUUUUGCUCACCUUGGAAAUUUGCUUUGUGAAGCACAGACUCUGCAUAGGUUUCUUAGCUGCUUGUAGCUGUCCUCCACAUGCCCAUAUUCAAUAUGAACAGGAGAAAAUUGCCAGUUUGCACUCACAUUAUCGUGUCUUGUAUGCAUCAUGUUGAAGUCUGAAAAAAUCGACUUGUUUUGGGUGCAGUGUCUAGUAUUAUGGAAAUUAAUUUUGAAAAUGGGAAGGAUAUUUUGCUGACUGCUUGAAUUCCUUGGGGAAUCUCUUGCAAGUUAAAAUUUCUUGCAGUGUUGUCAGGUUUUUUGUUGUUGUUUUUGUUUGUUUUGCGUUAAAGGUGCUUGAGAUCACCUUCCCUUGCUUGAUGCAUUGUUUACUUAUGUCUUCUAUCCUUCCUCUUCUUGGAAUCUAUUACCAAGCACGGGGAUGUCUGUGUAUUUAAGGCUGUACAAUUUUUUUUGUUACCAGUUAUUUCAAAGGUACUGCUUGUGUUUGUGCAGUUUGCUGCUGUUUCUGUAACUUUUACUAUGACACAGGAAGAAACUGGCUUUUAUUAAGGAGCUUUCCUAUCGAGUUUCAGAAGUGCCACUUUAUUCCAGGACGUUUUUUCCCCAAUCAGUUGAAUUUCUUAUUUCUGUUUACCCAGAUUCCUGUUGCUGGUGUAGAAAUAAUGGAAAAUACUUUACUUGCAUUGUCACCUAGUUGAGUUUUUAUCAGGUCUUCCUCUUUGAAUUUCUGAGGCUGUUCAACACAUUCAGAGUGCAGCAGGGUAGUUUAAAAAGUAUAGCUGGUACAUGCAGGAUGCAAAACAUAACAUCCAUACCCAGCUACCCUCUACGGAGAGGAAGCUUCCAGUUUCAGAGUGCAGCUUUUUUAGCUUUGAAUUCUCAAGCUGACAACAGUUUGAUUAUUUAACUUCCACUUGUAGGAAUGGGAUAUUCUCUGACGAGAUCUUGUGGUCCUUCCUCUUCAGCUUCCUGAAAUCUUUAAAUUUGUAUUUUCUUCAUGAUGCCGAUCCAUUUGUUCCUGUAUGUCUGUACCCAAGAGGACUUAAUAUUGAUUCUGGAGUUCUGUGUUAGUUUGCAUCUUGAGUCUUUGCUGGAAUGUGGCAGCACUCCUUGUCCUUUACUGAAUCAGUUGUCACUUCUUAGCUGGAUUUUGCAAAUUCUCGUUGCUUUAAAAGGAAACAUCAUGUAGGCUGGAAAUCAUUUAGAAAAGUCACCCACAACAUGGUAAUGGAAUCUCAGCCAUGACUAAUGAUAGUAUUGCUGGGCUAUAAUUCAGAUAAAUCUUCAAGAAAAAUUUAAGACUUGCACAAUUUAAAGCCCUAUGGUUGAUCAACCAUGUCCCUUAUUUUGCUGGUUCUCACUGCCAUUGAAAUUGCCGUUCUGUUUUACUUGUUUUUUUCUUCUCAUAGGGUCUUAUUAUGCCUUUGUUCAGUACAUUAUAGUCUUCUGCUAUCAAAAAUCUUUUCCUUUCCAAUGAGUUACAGACCAUGAUCAAGCUGCUGUAUUCAUCUUUCUAAAUAGCUAAAUUAAAUUGAGCUGGUUUAGGUGUCUCCCGGUAAGGCUUGGCUCCGUCACGUAGCACUUACCUAUUGCCUUUCUUUUCCUUUACAAAAGGACCAGGCUGUGUGGUACUUAGAUGCAAGUCUUGCUACAUUAUUCCUGGACGGUUGUCUUGCAGUACCAAACUUACAUUGCCAUAAAAGGAUAUGUCAUUCUUUUAAUGAGAUCUUUUUCAUUCAAUUAAAUCAAAUACCAUUAUGUUUCUUAUGUCUUACCUGAGUGUAACCCAAAUAGAUUACACUCUAAUGUUGCCAAAUCGGCAUUAGGUCAACUGGCUUCUAAGCAACCUGGAUGAUCCCUCUUAUUUUUCAAAUACUUUUAAAAUGAAAGUAUUUACUGGUCUUCUGGAAUACACUCAAACUCCAAAGUUGUUCUGAAAGGAAAGCCCAUUGUUUCCAUUUGCUUGCCAGAUAAUUCUUUCAAAAUUCUUGAUUGUGAGUUUCUAGCUAUGCAACUUCUAGGAUGUUUUAUGGGUAGAACUAAACAUCUUCAUAAAUACCAUUGGCAAUAGGUAAUAAUUCAUUACUUCAUAGAUUUGUCUACAUCAUCCAAUUUUCUUCAUAAUAUAGAAUAUAAUUAGGAGAUUCUGCCUGUCUUCUAUAUUUUUAUCAAUUAUUUUAUCAUCUUUAUAUCAACAAAAGGAUAUAUAUCUUGUCUAGGAUUUUGCAGGUAAUGUACCCGAAAGCUGCCCAAGUUUACUAGUGCAGUUCUGAACAUAGAAUGAAAUUUUUUUGUACAUUUCGUUAACUAUAUGAUAGGUACCUGUUCAAUCGUCAUUCCAGGUACAACAGAUUAAAUUUGUGUGCAUGGUUUCUUGUUUCUGUGUAGUAGAACACCAAAGUACUCGAGAGAUGUAGUGACUUGGUCCAACAAACAUUUCGAUUUCAUGUAGUGUCUAUGUAAUGAAUGAAAAAAAAAAAAAAACUGCAAGAAAUCAUGACACCAAAGAACUAGAGUCUAUGCCUAGUUUUGCUGCUCAAUUAGGAUAUGUUUUUGGACUGUGGACACAGCUAUAGUUUGGGGCGUUUGGCAUCCUCUUUCAUGUGCAAAGCUGAUUUACCACGUGUGGGGAAAGCGGUCCGGAUCAACUGAUGUUUGUGAGAAUGAAGCGUGGGUAUAUCUAGUUUUUCCUGCAGAGGAAAUGCAGAGCAGGGACCUCCAAGAAGAGUUGAACGUGUACCUUUUCAGCAAACAGGGAACUAAGCGAGAGGCUUUGAAACUGUAGGCUACCUGCUGGGUAUGCAUAACGAUCACUCUCAAGUACUGACCUUCACCUUGUGGUCCCUGGACAACAUUUAAGAGGUCUGUAAGGUAACUGAAAAACUGGAGGCUUACAUUUUAUGCAGGUGUUUACAUUUCCAAGGGAAAAUAUGCAGGCAUCUGUAGAUCAAUAAAGGCUGAGAACCACUAGU